UCGCACAAAUCAAUCGAUGUGAACUAUUUUGUGAAAAGUUUGGUUCCAAAAUGUUUGUUUCUGUGUAUUUGACUGAUGCACACAAACAUUCCGUCGUGCCUCAGGAAUUUAUUCUGGAUUUAAGUCAAGUCAAUUUGAAUAACAAUGGUGUGAAUUCAAACCAAAACCGUCGAAUCUACUUUUCAAAAGAAUUGUUCGAAUCACUUAAAAAUGGCGAAGAUACAUCUCGUAUGGACUAUACUCCAAACUUCAACAUUCCGAUCUCAAAAAUCUAUCCAUUACCGAAUGGAUUGGGAGAAACUUGCUUCAUUGGUCGUUUGAAAAAAUUUUUCUUAUCCUUCAAUGAUGCAUUGAACCACGUCGAACGAAUGCGCUCAAAGUUGCCAGCCGUUUACAAUCCAGCGCGCUCUCUUGAGCAACCCAUUCCACGAGUUGUAAUUGGCGACAACGAGCGUGAGUCAGAUGAUGAGAAUUCAGCUGAUGAAAGUGCUGAAGGGUCAAUUUAUGAAGAUUAUGGCCAUGACAUUGAACCGAUACAACACAACGAUACGUUUGAGGGAGAAGAAGAAGAAGAAAAUCAAGUUGAUGCAAAGCCACCAAUUCUCGGGGAAAUUCAAUUGGCCACGGAAGACGCUGCUGCAUUUGAUUCCAUGUUCACUUGUGAACAAACACAAGCCGAUGACGAUAACGAUAGUGACAGCUCUAGUGAUGUGGAAUACACUUUCACUUCGCAUGAGAAUUGGCCGAAGCCUUUUAUUGAAAAUGAGUUCCAAAUCAAGGCACAUGAUAUGCUAUCGAACAAUCGCCCAUUCAAACAAAAUGAUAACGGUGACCGUGCAUUCCAAAUCGAGGUACGUAGUGGUGUUAAAGAGGUUUUGUUAUCGGCUGUGGCUGUAAAAGGCCUGAUCAAACUGAACACACAAAAACGUACCGACCAAAAAGUUGACAAGACAUUCUUGAAAGCGUUAGUGAUUGGAGUUUGUUCGAUUAAACGUUUCAUGGAAUCACCAGAUUUGAUGCCAUUCAAAAAUGGGGAAAUCGAAUUCAUAAAAG